AUGGUGUCCAUGAAAUGCUAUGAAACACCUUGUUUGAGAUGCUUACCCUCCAUCAAAUUUAAAUGGUUCUUGAGGCAGGAGAGAAGUGUUGAACAGGUGCAAAAGCACUGGGCUUUGAACAGCCCAGGAAGAGAAGAGAUAGCAUCCUUUUAUUUCUAUUCCUAUGUACAAGAUUUACAAAACACCCCCCAAAAUGCACAGAUUAGAUGCAGGGACUUGAGGCCCCUGUGCUUGGAAUGCUCCUUAUCACUUAACCAUGAAGUCACAGCCUUGUUUGGCCAGUUCCUGCCUCAAAUAGUCAUUGGGAAGAGAGCAUUUUGGCAUCACUAG